AUGACCACGCUAGCGGUGGAGCGGGAUUGGGUCGUUGUGAUUGCUGGAAGUGGAACAAAUGAGUCUACCCUUCAUGUCCUUAAUUCUCAAAUGCGCCGGAUAGACCUGUUGUGCAAGCUAAUCGGCCCACUUGCGAUAUCUCUGCUUGACGGAUUGUCUACCCGUAUUGCGAUUCUGGCUACGCUUGGGCUUAGUGUGGUCUCUGUAGGAGUCGAGUAUUUGGCGAUAGCUCAGGUAUAUCACAGGGUACCUGCUCUUCAUUUCCCUGGUAAUGAAGGCUCCAGAGAAAGUGCAGAACCGCAAGUCUCAACUAUGGCAACAGACCAACCUCAGAGCAACUCUGAGGCGCGCACCCGCCGCAACUCAUCGAACUUCAUAUUGUACUUUCGUCAUCGGGACAUUCUACCAUCAAUGGCUCUCAGCGUCCUCUAUCUGACCGUACUUUCCUUUGCUGGACAAAUGGUUACAUAUCUCUUGUCCGUUGGGUACAGUUCAACACAGAUAGGCAUCAUCAGAACCUUUUCGGUGGCAGUGGAAAUCUCUGCUACUUGGCUAGGACCUAUACUCAUGAUGAGGGUCGGCGUGAUCCGUGCAGGCCUGUGGUCAACCAGCUGGCAAAUAUUCUGCAUCGCUACGGCCGUUACACUGUUCUUGGUGGUUCGGCAGCCAUUUAUUGCUGCUUCAGGGCUUAUCGCUGGUGUGAUAGGAAGCCGGCUUGGACUCUGGGUAUUUGACCUUUGUGUCCAGACUAUUGUUCAAGAGGCGAUAGCAAGCAGGGCAAUGCGCUUGUCAUGCGUGAACAAUUGGCUGCUGCUGGGCUUGGGCUUCGCAAUUCUUGAAGGCAGUGCCGCUCCUCCGGCAGAGGACAUUGAUCUUGCUCAGCCAGGGCCAGCUCAUGAUGUUCCUCAAGACAUCAAUCCAGAGACAUUCGUGGGCGCCUGCCCCGAGUAUGCACAAUAUGCAAGCCACAAGCACCGACCAUACAGUGAAGGCCCGUUGGCCCUACCCUUCCAGCGACCUCAUGCCUACUGCCGGACCUUCUCGUCUCCGGCGGUUGAUCGGGUGAUCAAAGAAGUGACGAGUCGAAUGCGCGAUCCAGACCUUGCUCGAAUAUUUGAAAACGCCUUCCCUAACACCGUUGAUACAACAGUUCGGUGGCACGUGGAUGGCGUCAAUACCCAUGCCUCAAAGACCAAGCUCGUGCGGGACCUAGGGAAAUGGGAAGGCGCACAGUCUUUUAUAGUUACUGGCGACAUCAAUGCCGAAUGGUUGCGGGAUUCUACCAACCAGCUGGCACAGUAUCAAGCGCUUGCGAAGACCUCUCCAGAGCUUUCCAAUUUGAUUUUGGGCGCCAUCAACACUCAAGCGGAGUUCGUGAUCGAAUCACCAUACUGCAAUGCCUUUCAACCUCCAUCUCCGAGUCGCCUCAAACCUACACACAUGGGGACAGAUGACAUUGUGCACCCAGUCUAUGAGCCCUCAAUCGUCUUCGAAUGCAAGUAUGAGAUAGACUCAUUGGCUGCGUUUCUGUCUCUCAGCAACCAAUAUUAUAAGUCCACCGGCUCGAGUGCUUUCCUCACCAAAAGGUGGUAUCUAGCAUUGGAGACCUUGCUAGCAGUACUCGACCGACAGGCACAAGGGACUUUCGACGCGGACUCUAAGAAAUUCGUACCAAAUGAGUAUAAGUUCACCCGCCAUGCUUGGACAGGCACUGAGACAUUGAAUCUCAACGGCAUCGGCAAUCCACUUGCGCACGGCACAGGACUCAUCCGCUCCGCCUUCCGCCCCUCGGACGACGCCACCAUCUUCGGCUUCUUCAUCCCAGGCAACGCCAUGAUGGCCGUGGAGCUCAAACGCACCUCCCAGCUCCUGGAGAGCGUCCUAGGCAGCAACAACGAAAGAAUGACAUCCAUCUCACAAGCCCUCCUCCAAAGAUCCGAAACAAUCUCCAGAGCCAUCUACGACCACGCCGUGAUCGAACACCCCACUUUCGGCAAAGUCUUCGCCUUCGAAGUCGACGGCUACGGCUCCCACCUCUUCAUGGACGACGCCAACAUCCCCUCCCUCCUCUCGCUGCCCCUCCUCGGCUUCCUCGACCCCUCCGACGAAAUCUACCAAAACACCCGCCGCAUGAUCCUCUCGUCCCAAGGAAACCCCUAUUUCCUCAGCGGGUCGGCAUUCAAGGGCAUCGGCGGCCCGCAUAUCGGGUUGCGCAAUGCGUGGCCCAUGAGCGUGCUGGUGCAGGCCAUGACGAGCCAGGACGAGGAAGAGAUCAAGUGGUGUCUUGAAAGCGUGAAGAAUGUGAGUUUGAUGGGGCUGGUUAAUGAGAGUGUGGAUGUGGACAGUGGAUGGGAGGACAUGACGCGGAGCUGGUUUGCCUGGGCGAAUAGCGUGUUUGCGCAGACGAUUCUGUGGGUGGCGGAGACGAGGCCCGGGAUCAUUUUUACGGAGGAUAGGCCGUACAAGGUUGGGGAGGGGAGUUGA